AUGACUGUCAAUCUUGCAGAUAAUUAUCAGCCUUUAAUACUGAGAACGACCAUUGCGAUUUCGUGUCUCGCAACUGUCGCAGUUGUUCUUAGACUUAUUUCUAGGAGAAUCAAAGGGAACAAUUAUGCAUUGGAUGACUUGCUGGUAGUGAUGGGACUGGUUGUAUCUUGGGGUUGUCUGGGGCUCGGAAUCUUCAUGGUAAAUAACGGCGUCGGAAAACACACAGAGCUCGCUUCCAAAGAGAACUUAACAAAUUUCUUGAAGUGGCACAAGGCUCUCUUUGCUUACGAAAUCGUAUACUUCGUCACUCUCGCAUUUACGAAACUCUCGAUACUUGCGUUCUAUACACGGAUAUUCCGAACACCAAAAUUCCUGAUUGUCGCAAAAAUCAUGGUGGGUGUGGUGAUAGCAUGGCUCUUUGCAACAAUCAUGGUAGCCAUCUUCUCGUGCAACCCGGUAGAUGCUUUCUGGACUCGUGCUCCUGGUUCGAAAUGCAUUGUUUCGGAGCAUUUCUAUAUUGGCAAUGCCGUUCCCAAUAUUAUAACAGAUCUCAUCAUCCUUGCGCUUCCAGUCAAGAUGAUUUGGCAACUCCACACAUCAAAGGCGGAUCGAAUUGCUCUUACGUUCAUAUUCCUGCUUGGUAGCUUUGUUGUUAUUGCCAGUGUUAUUCGUUUGUCGCAACUUCAUCAAGUAAAUAAUCCGGAUAUUCUUUGGGGCUUCAACCUUACAGUUAUUUGGUCAUCGAUCGAGCCCUCAGUUGCAGUUAUCAGCGCUUGUCUUCCCACUCUGCGACCUCUGGCAGAAUUCAUUUUACCAAGUCAAUUCAGGUCUCGGAGUUUCAAGGAAGCUUCUGGUAAUCGCCGAGGCACUGAGCUUAUAUCCAAAUCUGCAAUGAAUCCACGACCUGACCAGAUGGAUCCAGCAAGGAGAGGAGAGAAUGGCUACUGGGUCCACACGAAUGGUGAGCCGACACAACUCACGUCAGUUGGUGCUGAUCGUGCAAGUAGAGGCCAUUUGAUGGAUUAUGAAAAUGGAUCUUCUAAAUCGCAAAACAUUCGUGUGAAUACCGACAUCAAGGUUUCUACCUCGUCAAUAGUCUAG